CUGAAAACUGAGAGAAGCUCACUCCUUCAUUCGGUUCAGUUAAAAGAACCAAGCUUUACUACCCCUUUUGAUAUUUUGAAGUCUCUGUGAAGUGAUUUUUCAAUGGCUCACUCUCUGAGUUUUGCUCCUAUUUGUUCUUUGAAAUCUUCAAACAGAAUUGGAGCAGUUACCGGUAAUUCGGUUGCCCGAACGGCUUUUCCGAUGAAGGAAGCAUGUCAGAAUUCUAAAGCUCGAAACUUUCAGUCUUUGGAGGUUAAGGCUACAGAUGAUAAAACUCCAAGCACAAAAGCAAGGAGCAUUGUUUGUGCUGAUUGUGAUGGGAAUGGUGCAAUAUUAUGCACUCAAUGCCAAGGUAAUGGAGUUAAUUUGGUAGAUCACUUCAAUGGACGAUAUAAAGCGGGUGGAUUAUGCUGGCUAUGCAGGGGUAAAAAGGAUAUUCUGUGUGGAAGUUGUAAUGGGGCUGGUUUUAUUGGAGGAUUCAUGAGCACAUUUGAUGAAUAGAAGAUUGGCUUGAUGGAAUCCUCAAGAUUCCUCAUAGCUAAACAAUGAGAAAAGGAAGUGGGAAUCCACUUGUUCCUCUGACUGGUCUAUUUGCAAUGUGUAUUCAUUAAUGUAUUAUGCAGUUUUGUGACAAUACAAUUUUGAAUUUUGUCUUAAUUCCUGAAUUUUCCCUUGUUAAGUGUGUGCACACUAUAUUGCAUGUUAUUGAAUUAAUUCAUGAUUCCAA